AUGGCAGAAUCUCCUACUGCAUUGUCUUCUUACACGCAACCUCCAGUACUUUCUCUUCCUUCCCCCAUCAAUAUGAUUACAGAUCAAGCCAUCAUCAGCGUCUUGAUCUCCUCCCUCUCUGAAACGCUAAUUGCUUAUGUCCUCACAGCUACCUCUUCCCGUGAGGUGUGGACAACGCUUGAAGAUUUGUUUGCUGCAAAAUCAUAUGCAAGCAUCAUGCAGAUUCAACUCCAGCUCACUACUCUCAAGAAGGGUUCAGAAACCAUACCUGAAUACUACCGUCGGGCAAAGCUUCUCCAGGACUCCCUUGCCAUGGAUGAUAAACUCAUUCCUUCAUCUGAUUUCAUUACGUAUCUCCUAGAUGGUUUAGGCUCCGACUACGACUCUCUUGUUACAUCCAUCACUACUCGUGUGGAUCCACUCACUCCGGCGCAAGUUUACAGCCAUCUCUUAACUCAUGAAGCUCGUUUGAACCAUCAGAGCACCACACUUACAACAUCUCCUGAAUUUUUUGCUAACACUACUCAAACAAAACUUGCUACCAGCUUCUCUCGCAUCAGAGGCUUCUCACACGCCAGGGGCAAUUUCAGAGGUGGUGGUCGUGGGGGUCGUGGGAGGCAUGGUGGUCAUCCUCCCUCCUCCAACCCAGCUCCCUUUUCACCUAAUUGA